AUGGUAUUCAACGUCGACAACGCUCCCUCUCGGGUGACGUUUACGAACGUGCUGUACGUACCUACCCUUGCCAUCAACUUGCUCUCCGCUUCGGCCCUUCAAAAGGCGGGACUUAGCUUAGAGUUCCCGGCCUUGGGCAAUCAAGCCAAAGUCAAGGACGGCCCUAGGACGGUAAUCACGGCGUCGAGAUCGAACGGCCUCUAUCAAAUCGAUACCAUGCCCGAGGGAUCGAUGAACGCUCUCCACAUGAAGGUCGAGUAUGUGGAUCUACUCACCAUGCAUCGACGACUCGGACAUGUCGGAAAAGGUAGAAUCCUUGAGAUG